ACCGCCAGGCUUCACAAGUGUACAGGCAUGUGAGGCGACCGCACCGAGUUUUCACACAAAAUCUACGUGAUUUUGCUGUGUUAAAUUCUACUCUGCUAUACAUAUUCCCACCAAGUGCUUUAUUUUUUAAUUAAUUAGCUCGUAGAAAUCUGUGCCUAAGAUAUGUGAAGAAGGAUCGCGGUAUAAGCGCGCGAACAGUGUACAAAAAAAGAAAGAGGAGAAAAGGUAAUGAAGUUUGGUGUUGUGUGGCGCCUCGGGGCGUGAUAGUGUAGCUAGCGAGUGUUACCUGUGGCAGGCACCGCCGCCCUCCUUCCCUCCGUCACCCCCGGCAUGUGUCUACCACACUCCUGUGACGGUGUCUGAAGGAACAGGCCGCCUCCCCCCCCACCACCACCACCCUCCCACACCAGCAGGGGAAGGAAUACUCUACAGCCGUGAACUGCCAGGAUUUAAGUGUGUCUUGAGUGCGAGUGUGUUGUGGCAAGAAUGUCGAACUACAAGUCCGACUGUCGCAAGUUUCAACCCAACAUCUUCAACAAGAGCAAAUGUACCAAUUGCUUUCGUCAGAGGGAGGAGCACUCUGCCGAGGCCCUUGAGUCUAAUAGGGUUCGGAGUGGGCGGGGUAAGGCGAGUGGGCGGGGACGCUACUCCAAGAUAAGGGAAAUAAUGUGGAGUCCUCGCCUGCGUCUGAGGCCGCCCACGCCCGCCCACACUAGCGGCUCCAGCAGCAGCGAUGUCUCCCCUACGGCUGCUGGCUCCAAGCCCCUGGCGAGCAGGAAGGUGUCCAAGUGUGGCUACCUCUUUGUUGCUCCUGACUGGGACUUCUCCAUCCCUCUCAACAGAACCAAGCGGUGGCAGCGACGAUGGUUCGUGCUCUACGACGACGGGGAACUGACCUACUCCGUGGAUGACCAUCCGGCGACCAUCCCCCAGGCCGUGGUGGACAUGAACCGGGUGCUGGAGGUGUCGCAGGCGGAGGACGUCACGGGGAAUCAGUUCAGUCUGGCCAUCACCGCCCCUGACAGGGUCACCUUCGUUAAAGGCACCUGCAGGGAGGAGUCCCGCUGGUGGAUGGACGUCCUCUCUGUCUUCCCUCGCACCCAUAAGCAACAAGGUCGACACAAACGAAAUGCAACCUUCCCAGGAAUCAAGUCGACAACAGUACUGAAGCAGAGUAUGGUGCACCAGUCUCCAUCAACUACACUUGCACCCACCACUUUCGAGACUCCGAUUGGGCAGCGGGUGCGAUUUCACAGUUGUACCACCGACCCUCUGGGUGGGCGGCCUCCUUCAGCCCCUGCCAUGGACAUAGAUGAAGAUGUUUUCCCUACCAAGGAUUCCUCAGCCCCUAAUACAUCCAGUCCUCCAUCCGGACAGACCCAUACUCCCCUUUACCACUCUACUCCUCUCUCCUCUCUUCCUCCGUCAACCAGAAUGCUGAGAGAUGAGCACAAAGAAAAUACUCCACCAUUUACAGAAGAUUAUACAGAUAACCCACCCACUUCAGAGUCACCACCCACUCAGGAUAAGUUGAGUCACAAAUUCCGGACUCGCCGUGCAAUCAAACGUGAAGCCCGUGGCCUCACACAGCCUAGGAGUAAGUCGGAGAUGUCAGCCUUAUUUCCGACUAACUCUCCAUCUUCCAUGCCUGCUCUGAAUCGUGGAUCCUCCUCUACUACUGGAAGCACCACCACUUCCCCAUACUCUUCAGGGGGUACCACCACUACCCUAUAUUCAGGGGGUAACACCACUUCUCCAAACUCAUCAGGCGGCACCACCACUUCCUCUUACACUACUACUAAAAGCACUGCUACUUCCUCCUGUUCCUCUACUAAUUGCACCACCACCUCUUCGUACUCCACUCCUGAGGGUUCUCGUUCCAUGCUUUCCCCUACUCCACCUUCAGCUGUUGACCCUCUAAUCUCCCUGGAAGGCCGGGGUAUACGCCGUGCAACCACACCUGUAAACUCUUCUCCUUCCUCAGUCUCAUCCUUAAAUUCUUCUAUGUCUAACUCUACUAUUGGUGUGAACUCCCUAUCCACCUCCGUUGGUGGUUUUGGGAGUGGUGGCGGUGAAGGUGGAGGAGGGCCAUCGUCACUUCGGAGCCUGGAUUCAGGCGUGCAUGUCCCCACUAGACCCCAGGCCCGCACGGCGCCGGACAAACCAGCAGGUGAGGUGACGAGACGGCAGCUCCUCACUGACUUGGAAGAAACCAAACGGGAGGAGAAGCUGAAAGAUAUUGCAGACUCCAUCACAAGACUGAGAGGAAAUUCAUCUAUUUCAUACCUGAAUUCCAAGCCAGGAAUAGGGGAUGUAAAGCCCACACGAGAGUGUGACACUCAAGAUGAAACAGAAGGUUCGCCAGAUCUGUCAAAGACACCAUCUCAAGAUAAAACAGAUUCUUCUCACCCAGACCAUGUUCGAGGAGACCCAGAUGGGUGUGGGUUAGAGGUGUCACCACCGUACACAGCUAGCCCAGAUCUUCAGCGUGUAGACCUGCCAGCGGAGGACCUCCUGUACAUCAAGAAGGGUUGGCUCAUGAAACAAUCUCUCAGCCAGUGUUUUGUUGACCUGGUAAAGUGUGUAACAUCCAGUUGCUACCAUGUGCUGCAUCAGGCAAUUACAGACUGGAACAAAUAUUGGUUUGUGCUGCGAGGGACAGGCCUCAUGUUCUACCGUGACCCCAGUGCCGAGGACAACGGGAUUCUAGAUGGUAUCAUUGAUCUCAGUGUUGCAAAAUCUAUAGAGGAAUGUGAUGUGGCUCGAAACUACGGCUUCAUGAUUAUGACUUGGGAAGAGAAGAAAUAUGUCUUCUCAGCUGUCACAUCAGGCAUCCGAGGUAACUGGGUGCAGGCUUUAAGAAAUGCAGCGAAUCUCAAGGAAUCAAAGGACCGACCACUUACCCUUGGCGAGCAGAUUGAGAGAGAGAUUGUUGCUAAGAGAGACCGGCAUAACUCACAAGGUUCAAAUUUUGAGAGCAUGGCAGCCGAGCGUGACCAGGGUAGCGAUGUGCAUAAUGAGUCCAUCUCAUCGGUCAACAGCCGCUACGCAUUUUCGUCUGAUGACGAGUACCGAACUGCCUCAGAAACUUCUACUAGCAGCCACAUCCAGACCAACGAGGAUUACUUUGAGUGGGGUGAGAAGGAUGGAAAAUGUACCAAAACACUUCUCAGUGACUCCCAUAUCUCCCCAAAUCCUGGUAGUCCACCCACCACUGCCAGUAGUAACUCGUGCAGCAAUCUCAGUCUUGUUACCAGCCAGAGUCUUCCCAGCUCCCCACCUCUGCUCCGCACUCCUAUCUCCAGGGUGAAAGAUCGUGCACGGUCACGAUCAAACUCAAGAUCCAGGUCUAGCAAGAGAUCAAGAUCAUCUCCCCCAUCCUCACGACGUAGUACCCGUGACGACUACCCAUCUGUGGCCAAAGAUGAAUUGUCGGUGUCCUGCUUCUCCGAGUCUGGAUCUAUUCAUUCCAUCUCGGACUUGGUUGACAGGCAGCAACCAGAGAAAGAAGGUAGCAUCACAACUUUAACGGGCUCUGGUGAUGCUGUGUUGGUCGACCUCCUGGAGACGCAGGUAGAGAGUCUCAAGGCCAAACUGGAACAGACACAGGCUGACUAUCUGGAGCUGCACAAAGAGAAUUCUGGCCUGAAGACUCGUCUGCGUGGUGGCAGAGGAGCCGCUCACUCCAACACUGCCACCGGCGCCCACCAUCACCACCACCACCUCCACCAUCUCAGCCAGUCUGACUUUGACCUGCUUCACCAGUCUCCUUCUAGUAGGUCAAGAGCAAAGCUUGAGCUUAGUCUUGCCGAAGCUCGCGAGACCAUAGCUUCCCUUACGGCCGACCUAACCCAACUACGCAAAAAGUUGGAUGUAUGUGAGGGUGAUCUGGACAGGUCAGAGAGGGAGGUUGAUAAGCUGAGACGUGACAAGGAGGAGAUGACCUCGGAUACGUACAACCUGAGGCAUCGUGUGGCCAGUCUUGAGAUGCAGAUCAAGGAACUGCUUGACCGUGUAGAGGAGCAAGAGCACGACCUCUCGGAGAAGGCAUCCUGUGCCAACGAACUCAACGAGAUGAGGAAGAAGUACAAUGAACUCCUGGAGCACCUGUCAACCCAGUCUGGUAGUGUUAACUGGAAACAAAACUUCCAACUUCUGGAGAAGAAGUAUUUGAAAGAGAGGGAGGAAUGGGAAGAAAAAGUGAGUGCGGAGGAAAAGAAGUUUGUGGAACUCACAGCCAGUCAGAAUAGUCGACAUGACAGUAUUAUCCGAAGGCUUAACAGAUCACUGCAGGAGGCAGAAAAACGGAUUCAUGGGCUUGUUUCAGAGCUAGAAGCCGAGAGAUCGAACAUGAACCCUCAAAGGAAGACGUCUGCCUCUCUUGAGAUCACAGGCCUGCUUCAAGAAAAUCAGGAGCUCGCUUCUAAGCUGGAACAUCUAACGAAUGAGCUAUCACGAAUGCGUGACAGUCUGAAAUCUGAGAAGUCUGAGGCAUAUAAGUGGAAAGAUUUGGUGAAGGAGUUGCGAUCCCUCCUGGAUGGGAAAAAUGAAGAAAUUGAGAGGAAGAAGGAAGAGGUGAUUGAGACACCUAAUUGGCAGCCCCUUCUCGUCACAACCUUCCCCCCCACCACGACCGUCUUCCCUCCUGCCCCGACCUGCGACACCCCCGUCAUUGUGGUUGAAGGUCUACGUGAUUCACUGAAAGCAACAGAGAAGGAGCUUGAGCACACUGCGGAUCGCUUGCAUCGUGGUAUUGAAGAAAAUGAAACAUUAUGCAGCAGGAUACGAGAGAUGGAGCGACAACGACAGGACAAAGACCGACGAGCAUCUUCCAAUUUAUCCAUUUCCAGCAGCCGUGAAAGGUUCUCCUCUAAGAAAAACCUUCCUCGCAUAGACUCCAUCAGUGACCUCACAAACUUUGAUUUCACUCUAGAACCAGAUGAACUGGACAAAGAACAGCUGGUUGAUGAAUACAAUGAACUCCGGCUGAGAUUUGAGAAGGCUGUGAAUGAGAUCAAGGCUUUGAAGAGAGAAAUUCGGGAAGUUCAAAAUCAGCAGGAUGAAAUGGAACUCUCCAACUUGAAACUUAAGCAAGACCUUAAGGGCAGCGAAGGAGACUUUAAUUCCCAGCUGAGUCUCAUGACAUGCAGAAUACAAGAUCUGACUAAUAAACUCACCAAUUCAGAGAAGCAGGUUCGCCUCUUGAAGCAGAAAAUCAGUCGUGCAGAAAGUAGAGAUCGUAGGAGAACUCAAAGUCUCAAAGGCCGAGAGUCGUUUGCUCUCUCGAGAGAUAUGGAGUUAAAGUUGUCUCAGCUAGAAGCAAAGAUUGAACAGCUAAUGCAGUCUGCAGCUGCAUUACCAGAUGUGGAAGAGGAAACCAAGGGUGGAAAUGGCCAACCCAAGGAACCAAAAAUACCAAAAAGGUCUAAAAGCUUUGAUGAAUCCACCAAGUCUUCACGAUUACGCAGAAAAUCGCUCGAUAGUCCAUCAAGCUCGGAAGCCAUGAAAGCUAUUGUGAGACUCAAUACACUUGAAUCCAAGGUAUUAAGUUUGAGUGGUGAGGCAGUUACAGCAUCAGCUGCCACAGAUGAUGCUGCUGCUGCUGCUGCUAAGACACCAUCACAGCCAAGGUCUCCAACUCAUCCAGCAUCAUCUCUCAAGUCUCCCAUGCGAUCACCAUCACUGCCCAGAAAAACACUGCGCUCACCCCGAGUCACUCCUGAAAAAGCUGUCAAACUAACCCGUUCUGAUUCGGAAACCAAACAUUUGCGAGAAAAAUUGGCUGGCUUGGAGAAAGUGUUGUCAACACUUGAGUCCCAGUUGAGUGAGUGUGUUGCUUGGGCUGGCUCAGUGGAGUGCGUGUGUUCCUGUGGCGCCCCCGGGAUCUCCUCGCUACAGCAACGCUUGAGUACUGCUAUAAAGAUAGCCGAGCUCCGCCACACUCCGCUCGACCAGGCUCAAGUCGUCAAGCUCCGUCCAUUAGUCAUGCGCCUGCAAGAUAUGCUCAGGGAGAAGUUGACCGAAUUAAUUAAUCGUCGAGACCAUCUUAAGGCAGCUGGCAAGUGGACAAGAGAAAUGCAAUUAAAGAUGUUUGCUGAGCGGCUCGCUUACGAGACUGUGGUAUUAACACAAGUAGCCCAGGUUGUUCAAGCAGCUCAACGACCACACAUGUAUGAAGCAUCAGUUAAACUCCAGGAAUUAAUAGAAGCCCACCGAAAACUUUCAUUCUUGGAGAAGAAACUGACUAACCCUGAUUUUGAUAUGGAAACAAUGGCACCAUUAGAUUUCUAUACAAGUUUGCUAGCAGAGAAAUUAGUGGUGCAAGGGGAGGUGGCUUCCAGUAUCUGCCAUCAGUCACGCAGUGGCCGUACACCUGUAGUCCCAUCAUCUGCCCUCACCGAGACAUGCCGGGACCUUCAGUCUCGCUUAUUAGAGCGUGAAAGGUCAUUAGCCAACCUGAUCACUCAGUACAAAGAGGGUAAGCUUCAUGAGGUAGCAGUAGUGAUGGCUCGGGAGACUGUGACAGGUACUGGUCCUCCUCAUGAUGACUCUGUGUUGCUGGAGGAGGUGAGAAUGCGGGAAAUCUGGUCAAUGGCACAGGACCUAGUUGGACAGGAGCUAGUCAAUACAGAAGCUGCUCAAUCACUUAGAAAAUUGAGCAACUUGCUCACAGUAAAUGACUCGCCAGUAGCUACUCUCAUACACCCAACAGCAGCCACAUUAGAACGCUGGCAUACAGCAGCUGAAGAGUCACUUCGUCAGGAAAUGGAAGAGGCUGUAUUUACACUGAGUAAUAAGUAUGAAGCAGUGCUGGCUCAGUAUCGUGCAGGAGAUACAGCCAUAAUUAAUUCUGUUUCAGCAUCCAUGGAUAUGGUUCUGUCAGAAUUUGCAGCAGUCAUAGCACAGAAGGCAGUGAUUGAUGGCCAGUUAGCAGUUGUCCAAAGUGAUGGAGAAUCUACAUCGUCCACUUCUGAGCCUUUAACAAUUGUAGAAGAGACACGUGAUAAUGUUGGCUCUGCUAGUGAUGUGGUUGCUAGUGAAGCUCACCUCCUUAUGUUCCUUGGUGGAUGUGACUCCUCACUGGAGAGUCUCAUACAGCCAGCCCUUGACCAAGCAGAAUUUACAUACUUGUUCAACAAGGCCAGUGCUCAAGGCAACAGUGAACUCAGUAAACUUGUUAUUCAGGCUGCCAGUCAAUCCAAGGUAGAUAUUUCAUCAACCACUUCCAAGCCCGCCUCUUCCCAUACAGCCCCAGUAAAGGAUGGCGAGAAUGAGUCAUCUCUUAAUCUAAGUCAAACUUCUCCGAAGAUGCCAGCUUCGCCUAAGGUCAAGAGGAAGAGUGAAAGUCGCAGGUCCCGGAGAGCCUCCGACAUCACUGGGAUGACAGAUGGAUGUCGUCAGUGUGAAGAACUCCGACAAGAGGUUGCAAAAUUAAAGAGAAACUUAGACUCCAGACGGGUCAAGGAGCGAGAGGCAGAGUGCAAACAAUGCCUUGAGUAUAUGAACACCUUGAAGGUUGUUGAACAAGAUCACAGAGUAGCACUAUCAGCUCUUCAGGCACAGCAUGAUGAUGAGAUACUAAGGUUGCGUGAAGAAGUACGAUAUGAGCCACCAACUCGUGAUAGUGAUGAUGAACUGACUGAACUGAAGCGGAGACUUUGUCUCCUGGAGGAUGGCUAUGAAGCACAGAUCAUAGCACUCAAAGAGCAAUAUGAGGAAGCCCUUGGGAGUCAACCUGAUAUGUGCGAGGAGAAAGUCAGACAGCGAUACCAAGUCGAAAUUGAACAUCUUAGAGGGUUAUGUGAGAAAGGUUUGGGAGCUAUGGAGAAUUCUAACAAGAGAAUGCUUGCUGAACUAGAGGAGAAACAUCGACGAGAACUGGCGGCUUUACAGGCAGAAAAAGAACAAGCACUUGCUGAAGAAACUCAGGCCACCUUAGCUGCUUUGGAUGCCAUGAGAAAGGCACAUGAAUCAGAGGUCCAAAGAGAAAUUGCCAAGUUCAAAGAAGAAUUUAUUAAAAAGAUGCAGUCUGGACAUGACAUUGGUGCUAUACACAAGGAACACGAGGCAGAAAUGGAAGACAUUCGGCAUGAAAUUCUUUCCCUCUCCCAGAAAUACUCCAUCAAAUGUCUGGAGUCUGCUGCUCUUGAAGAAAAAGUAGAAAGCCUCACUAAGCAGCUAACAGAUGCCAACAAACUGCUGUUUGAUCUAGAGGCACGCAAUAAACUGCUGAAGACUCACUUAUCUGCCAAGGUCUCACAGCUCCAGGACGAUUCUGGUAGAGAUACAACCGCUCGGCUCCGUCUACGCGAGAGUGAGUUGGUUCUACGUAAUGAAGAAAUUGCAAGAUUGACCCAACAGUUGCAACAAGCUCAAUCACAUGAGGCCGACCUGGGCGACCUCUGCCGUCAGCUGGGCCACUUCCUGAAAGCAGAGCGACAGUUGAGGACCGACGAGGUAUCUGCUCUUAGAGAAAAACUUGAGCACAUCAUUCUCACCGCCGCCAAUAUGCAAGCAGAACAACGGAGGGACACCAACUCGGAGGGGACGACAGAGGAUAAAUCUCCACUGCGAAGAGGCACAAGUUUGAGCGCAACACGUGGUAAAGAGUUGAUGCGGUCUCCAAGUUGCCCUCGUCUUUCUGGAUUCUCGUCUUUUUUAGUGGUUGGCCCCUCUCGGGGGGAAAUGGGGCCACCAACACAAAAUUCAGUAGACCUACCCUCUCCCCUGGCAGGGAUGGUCGCCUCACGAAAGAAGGUAUUCGAGACACACAAAACAUCUGCAGUAAAGUUGUAGAAGAAAUAGAAAAUGUAGAACUGGAAGGAAUUCAAGGACACUUAAAUGCAGUCCAGAAAGAUGGAGAUAUAACACCUUUAGAGACAUUGCAAGAGGAAGUAGUAGAAGAUAAUGAUAAUCAUGAUCAGGAAGAUAAUGAAACUAAUGAGGAAAAACAAGGUCUUGGUGUGGUACAGAAAAUGGUCCACAAAUUCAGUCACUGUGGUCCAAAACAGACACCCAUUCUGGCACGGCGGAACACUGUUGCUCGAUGCACUAAUGUUAUGGAUGAUAUUAGACAAGGGAAGCGCAAUAUUUCUCAUCAUAAUAGCGAGGGCCAGCAUGUUGUUUGGGAUUACAGUGUAACUGGUGCUGAUGCUGCUACAGACCUAGAGUUUUCAUCACUUAUGGAACGUAUUAGUGUCUUGAACACGGCAUCAUAUAAUAAAGUUCACGUUAAGAAAGAGGUCUCAGAAGGUUCAUCACUUAGUCGUGAUGACUCUUCUAGGAAGUCUUUACCUGCUGGUGCUCUGAAAUCAUACAUGCGAUGUACUAAAGCAUCUGUCAUGAAAACGAGAGAGGGAAACAGCCCACCAAGUGUGGAUGGAGACAAGAAUGCAUCAAACAAGCAAUCCCCAUCUCCCACAGGAUCUUCCUUGCCUAAUGGUAAAGUGAAUCACUUGCAGCAAUCUUUAUUACAGUCUAAAGUUGUCAUCUCUAACAAAUCUAAUAGCAAAAUUAAAAUCCGCCAUAUGUGUCCUGAAGGCAGUGCAAGUGUGCGAAGAAAAAAAGGCGUCACUAUGAAACCCAGUAUUCCAUCUGUGUUAUUAAAAGGUGUAAAUAAACUCACUAGUGAAGCAUCUGCUACUGUUACCUCAGCUGUUAGUCAUAAUAAUAGAGAUGUGACAAGUCAGAUAGUAAACAAUGCAAGGGAGAGCACCGUAAGUGAAAGUCGCAAACCUGAAUGCAGGACUUGGUUAGCUCCUCAGCAUCACUUAGUUGGCCAGUGUGAGGUGAAAUGUAAUCACUGUUUACUUGUUGACCUUUGGUUCACCAUUUGGCAUGUUGAAUUUAACAAAAAGUGAAUACUUGUAUUGCAGAAAUGAAGAAUGCUCUUUUUUUUUUCUUUCUUUAUCUGGCUUGUCAGGUAUUAUUAUUGCUAUUUAACUUAUUUUAUAAGAAGUUAAUUGUUUUUGUUGCACUGAUUAUGUCAGAAAAUAGGUUAUUGCUUGAAGAUAUUAACUAACAACAUGUCAUUAUUAUUGUAACUUUACUCAUGAAAGACCAUAUAUGAUGCACAUGUCACUAUCUCAUGAAUGCUGGCAAGCCUAGUUGGAGGAGUUUUACCUGGAGAUUUAGUAGAUUAUUUCCAUGAUCAUAUCAUAUAUAUCACUGACAUGUUCAUAUGCAACUGUUUUACUAAACUUGUUACAGUAUUUUGAAAGAUUUACUAAUGUUUUAUUACACGUCUGAUCUAUGUUGGCCCCAGUUUGAUGGAAGGUUUGUGUGAUGUCUACCCAAUUUUAAGUAUUUAUUGUAGUGCUAUUUAUUUGGCUUAUGGCCAAGUUUCAUCAAAAAAUUUGCAGGGAUUGAAAUACUGUUAGACAUAUUUUGGAGUCUCGAGUAUUGUAUGUUGUCUGACUAAUGGGGAUGUGUAUAUUGUUUAAAGUGUUUUUAUCUUGCUUACUAAUAUGUAGUAACCCAGCCAUUGUACAUGUUCUGUACAGCCAUCUCCUAGUUAUAUCAAAGGUUUAUCAAUGAACAAAUUGUCUAUAUAUUUUAAAUAAAUAAUUAAAUGUUA